CAGACUCUCGAGCGAGAUCUCCUGUCAGCCGGUGGGUCGGUCUUCCUGCCGGCCCUCCCCCUCCCUGUUCUCCGGGGGAGGCGCGGUGGAGCCCGCCCCCGGGGUCCCCGAUGGGGGAGAAGCGGCGGCGGCGGCAGUGGAUUAAGCAAGGCAGAGCGUGAGCGGCUUCGGGGCUCCGUUCCCGGCGGAGGCCAUGGGCGACCCAGCCCCCGCCCGCAGCCUGGACGACAUCGACCUGUCCGCCCUGCGGGACCCUGCUGGCAUCUUUGAGCUGGUGGAGGUGGUCGGCAAUGGAACCUACGGACAGGUGUACAAGGGUCGGCAUGUCAAGACUGGGCAGCUGGCUGCCAUCAAGGUUAUGGAUGUCACGGAGGAUGAGGAGGAAGAGAUCAAACAGGAGAUCAACAUGUUGAAAAAGUACUCUCACCACCGCAACAUUGCCACCUACUAUGGGGCCUUCAUCAAGAAGAGCCCCCCAGGGAGUGACGACCAGCUCUGGCUGGUGAUGGAGUUCUGCGGGGCAGGCUCGGUGACUGACCUGGUGAAGAACACGAAGGGGAAUGCGCUAAAGGAGGACUGCAUUGCCUACAUCUGCCGGGAGAUUCUCAGGGGUCUGGCCCAUCUCCAUGCCCACAAGGUGAUUCAUCGAGACAUCAAGGGGCAGAACGUGCUGCUGACCGAGAAUGCUGAAGUCAAACUAGUGGACUUUGGGGUGAGUGCUCAGCUGGACCGCACCGUGGGCCGACGGAACACGUUCAUCGGGACCCCUUAUUGGAUGGCGCCGGAGGUCAUCGCUUGUGACGAGAACCCCGACGCCACCUACGAUUACAGGAGUGACAUUUGGUCUCUCGGAAUCACAGCCAUAGAGAUGGCAGAGGGAGCCCCCCCUCUGUGUGACAUGCACCCAAUGCGAGCCCUCUUCCUCAUCCCUCGGAACCCUCCGCCCAGACUCAAGUCCAAGAAAUGGUCUAAGAAGUUCAUCGACUUCAUUGACACGUGUCUCAUCAAGACUUACCUCAGUCGCCCGCCCACCGAGCAGCUGCUUAAGUUCCCCUUCAUCCGGGACCAGCCCACCGAGCGGCAGGUCCGCAUCCAGCUCAAGGACCACAUUGACCGAUCCCGGAAGAAGCGAGGCGAGAAGGAGGAGACGGAGUACGAGUACAGCGGCAGCGAGGAGGAGGAUGACAGCCAUGGAGAGGAUGGAGAGCCAAGCUCCAUCAUGAACGUGCCCGGAGAGUCGACGCUGCGCCGGGAAUUUCUCCGGCUUCAGCAGGAGAAUAAAAGCAACUCAGAGGCUUUGAAGCAGCAGCAGCAGCUGCAGCAGCAGCAGCAGCGAGACCCCGAGGCCCACAUCAAGCACCUCCUGCACCAGCGGCAACGGCGCAUAGAGGAGCAAAAGGAGGAGCGGAGGCGUGUCGAGGAGCAACAGCGGCGGGAGCGGGAGCAGCGGAAGCUGCAGGAGAAGGAGCAGCAGCAGCGGCGGCUGGAGGACAUGCAGGCCCUGCGGCGGGAGGAGGAGAGGCGGCAGGCUGAGCGUGAGCAGGAAUACAAGCGCAAGCAGCUGGAGGAGCAGCGGCAGUCGGAACGGCUCCAGCGGCAGCUGCAGCAGGAACAUGCCUACCUCAAGUCCCUGCAGCAGCAGCAGCAGCAGCAGCAGCUUCAGAAACAGCAGCAGCAGCAGCAGAUCCUGCCCGGGGACAGGAAGCCCCUGUACCAUUACGGUCGGGGCAUCAAUCCUGCGGACAAACCAGCCUGGGCCCGAGAGGUGGAAGAGAGAACGAGGAUGAAUAAGCAGCAGAACUCUCCCCUGGCCAAGACUAAGCCGAGCAGCACAGGCCCCGAGCCGCCCGCCCCCCAGGCCCCUCCAGGGCCCCCAGGGCCCCUUUCGCAAACCCCUCCUAUGCAGAGGCCAGUGGAGCCUCAGGAGGGACCUCACAAGAGCCUGGUGGCCCACCGGGUCCCGCUGAAGCCGUACGCAGCGCCUGUGCCCCGGUCCCAGUCCUUGCAGGACCAGCCCACCCGAAACCUGGCUGCCUUCCCCACCUCCCCCGGCCCAGACCCUGCUGUCCCCGCACCCCCCGCCACGCCUAGUGCCCGAGGGGCUGUCAUCCGCCAGAACUCAGACCCCACCUCCGAAGGGCCUGGCCCUAGCCCCAACCCCCCAGCCUGGGUCCAGCCAGAUAAUGAGGCCCCACCCAAGGUGCCUCAGCGGACCUCCUCCAUCGCCACUGCCCUUAACACCAGUGGGGCCGGGGCGCCCCGGCCAGCACAGGCCAUCAGAGCCAGACCACGCAGCAACUCCGCCUGGCAAAUCCACCUGCAAAGGCGGGCCGAGCGGGGGGGCCCCCAGCCUCCAGGGCCCCCUGUUCAGCCCCCUGGCCCGCCCAGCGCCUGUAGUAACCCCGACCUCAGGAGGAGCGACCCUGGCUGGGAGCGCUUGGACAGCAUCCUCCCUGCUUCGCACAGCCACCUCCCCCAGGCCGGCUCCCUGGAGCGGAACCGUGUGGGGGCCGCCUCCAAACUGGACACCUCCCCGGUGCUCUCCCCUGGGAGCAAAGCCAAGCCCGAUGACCACCGCUCCCGACCCGGCCGACCCGCAAGCUAUAAACGAGCUAUUGGCGAGGACUUUGUGCUGCUGAAAGAGCGGACCCUGGACGAGUUCCCCCGGCCCCCCAAGAAGGCCAUGGACUACUCGUCGUCCAGUGAGGAGGUGGACAGCAGUGAGGACGAGGAGGAAGAGGGCGAUGGCGAGCCCUCCGAGGGGAGCAGGGACACCCCCGGGGCCCGCAGCGACGGGGACACAGACAGCGUCAGUACCAUGGUGGUCCAUGAUGUUGAGGAGCUCUCUGGGACCCAGACCCCAUUCGGGGGAGGGACCAUGGUGGUCCAGCGUACCCCUGAAGAAGAACGAAACCUGCUGCAUGCCGAUAGCAACGGUUACACAAACUUACCUGACGUGGUCCAACCCAGCCACUCGCCCACCGAGAGCAGCAAAGGCCAGAGCCCCCCCUCCAAGGAGGGCGCCACUGAUUACCAGUCUCGUGGGCUGGUGAAGGCCCCCGGCAAGAGCUCCUUCACCAUGUUUGUGGAUCUUGGCAUCUAUCAGCCUGGAGGCAAUGGGGACACCAUCCCCAUCACAGCCCUAGUGGGCGGAGAGGGAAGUCGGCUCGAUCAGCUGCAGUAUGACGUGAGGAAGGGCUCGGUGGUGAACGUGAAUCCCACCAACACCCGGGCCCACAGCGAGACCCCUGAGAUCCGGAAGUACAAGAAGCGGUUCAAUUCCGAGAUCCUCUGCGCGGCCCUUUGGGGGGUCAACCUGCUGGUGGGCACAGAGAACGGGCUGAUGCUGCUGGACCGCAGCGGGCAGGGGAAGGUGUACGGGCUCAUUGGGCGACGGCGCUUCCAGCAGAUGGAUGUGCUGGAGGGCCUCAACCUGCUCAUCACCAUCUCAGGGAAGAGGAACAAGCUGCGAGUGUACUACCUGUCGUGGCUGCGGAACAAGAUUCUGCACAAUGACCCAGAAGUGGAGAAGAAGCAGGGCUGGACCACCGUGGGGGACAUGGAGGGCUGUGGGCACUAUCGUGUCGUGAAAUACGAGCGCAUCAAGUUCCUGGUCAUUGCCCUGAAGAGCUCCGUGGAGGUGUAUGCGUGGGCCCCCAAACCUUACCACAAAUUCAUGGCCUUCAAGUCCUUUGCUGACCUCCCACACCGCCCUCUGCUGGUUGACCUGACAGUGGAGGAGGGACAGCGACUCAAGGUCAUCUACGGCUCCAGCGCUGGCUUCCAUGCGGUGGAUGUUGACUCGGGGAACAGCUACGACAUCUACAUCCCUGUCCAUAUCCAGAGCCAGAUCACCCCGCACGCCAUCAUCUUCCUCCCCAACACCGAUGGCAUGGAGAUGCUGCUGUGCUACGAGGACGAGGGCGUGUACGUCAACACGUAUGGGCGCAUCAUCAAGGAUGUGGUGCUGCAGUGGGGAGAGAUGCCCACCUCCGUGGCCUACAUCUGCUCCAACCAGAUCAUGGGUUGGGGUGAGAAAGCCAUCGAGAUCCGCUCAGUGGAGACCGGCCACCUGGACGGCGUCUUCAUGCACAAGCGAGCCCAGAGGCUCAAGUUCCUGUGUGAGCGCAAUGACAAGGUAUUUUUUGCCUCCGUUCGCUCCGGGGGCAGCAGCCAAGUUUACUUCAUGACUCUGAACCGUAACUGCAUCAUGAACUGGUGACAGGCCCUGGGCUGGGGCUGCCCCGACUGGACCCAGCCCGCCCCCAACAGCCAGGCUUCCCAGUCCGCCCCUCUCUCCCCUCCCUGGGCUUUUGCUUUUACUGGUUUGAUCCACUGGAGCCUGCUGGGAACGUGACCUCUGAUCCCUGAUGCUUUUGUGAUCACGUGACCAUCUCUACCACCACCACCCCCCAAUACCUUCUCCCUCAAACUGUGUCUGUCCCCAACUUCUGGGCACAAGCACAGCUCCCCCCUACCAGGCAUUUGAGUGGGCCCAGCCCUCCCCGCUUUCCUCCACUCAAGAGGAGAGUGCUUGGGUUCAGACCCCUUCCCACUGCUGCUGACUGGGCAGGGCCCCCAGCCCUUCAUUUGCACGACAGGGGAGCCGGCUCCCCCCUUGAAUGUACCAGACCCUGGGGGGGGUCAUUGGGCCCUAGGUUUUAUGGGGGUCACCAGCCACUCCAGGCAGGGGCAGGGACCAUCUCCUCAUUUUCUGAAAGCACUUUAAUGAUUUCCCCUCCCCCCAAGCCCCAGGGAAUGGAGGGGGGACCCUCCACCCCCAGCCAAAACAUUCCUCCCUUUCCAGCCUCCCUUCUCCUUUUCUGGCCUCUGCCCUUCCUUGGUGGUGGGAGGGAGCAGGGAGCUCUGGCCCCCAGACCCCCUUGCUUGCAUCUAUCUGUAUAUAGUGUGAGCAGCAAGUAGCCCCUUCCCUGCCUUCCCCCCCUCAAUGUAGUGGCCUUGGACAUCCCGUUUGUUAAUAAAGACAAUUCAACCAGCUCCCACCA